AUUUGUCUUGCUUCGCAGCAGUAAAAAAGGCAAAGCAGUGACUGCGGUGGUAAACAAACAGGUAGAGCAGCCGUACCUCGUCCCGCGGAGCUGCGCUGUCGCCACCGGUUGACUUUCAGGAAACCUGACCUUCUUCUCGGACCGCCUCUGAGGUCAAACCGGCUCUAAAAAUCCCGGACUUCGGCUGUUAAAACUCCAAGGUUCGUCCCCGGUCCUCUCCCUCUCUCCCUCCCCGCCCUCCCUGCCCUCGGAGUCGGCUUAUGUGACACAUUAACGUCCCGGGGGCGAGACGAGCGAAACAUGACGGAGCUGAGGAAGCGAGGCGCCGGUGGAGGAGACCCCGACACCGCCGAGAACAUCAGCGACAAGGAAGCUGAUGGCGACGACAGGCUGGGCCUGUCAGGCGACACUGAGGGAGAAUGUGACGCCGACUCCAAAACGGACACUCCAGAUGUUCCCGCCUCCACAGCGGACACGGACAACACUCCAGAAUGCCUGAACAAAGCUCUGGAGGGGCUUCCUCCCAAAUGGAGGAACUACUGCAUACGAGGACUUCUGUCCAUUUGCAUGAUUUCGGGAUUUUUCCUUAUGAUCUACAUGGGACCCAUCAUGCUUAUCUUUGUCGUCAUGGGUGUGCAGAUCAAGUGUUUCCAGGAGAUAAUCACCAUCGGCUACAGAGUUUACCAUUCCUAUGAGCUGCCUUGGUUCAGGACUCUGAGUUGGUACUUCCUGAUUUGUGUCAACUACUUCUUCUAUGGUGAAACGCUCGCGGAUUACUUUGGGGCUUUGGUGCGGAGGGAGGAGCCUCUGCAGUUCCUGGCUCGCUAUCACCGCUUCAUUUCUUUCACUUUGUACCUAGCAGGUUUCUGCAUGUUUGUGCUGAGUUUAGUGAAGAAACAUUACCGCCUGCAGUUUUACAUGUUUGCUUGGACCCAUGUGACCCUGUUGAUUGUGGUAACUCAGUCCCACCUUGUCAUUCAGAACCUGUUUGAAGGAAUGAUCUGGUACAUUGUUCCCAUUUCCAUAGUGAUCUGCAACGACAUCAUGGCGUAUCUGUUUGGAUUCUUCUUUGGGAGAACUCCUCUUAUCAAGCUCUCGCCCAAGAAGACGUGGGAGGGCUUCAUCGGGGGAUUCUUCUCCACGGUGGUCUUUGGCUUCAUUCUGGCCUACCUCCUGUCGCAGUUCCAGUACUUUGUGUGUCCGGUGGAGUUCAGCAGUGAGACCAACAGGUUCACGGUGGAAUGUGAGCCGUCUGACCUGUUUGUCAUGCAGGAGUACACGCUCCCUGCGGCGCUGCAGAACACGCUCAGCUGGAAAACGGUGAACCUUUACCCCUUCCAGAUCCACAGCAUCUUCCUGUCGUCCUUCGCCUCCCUCAUCGGGCCGUUCGGCGGAUUCUUUGCUAGCGGCUUCAAGCGAGCGUUUAAAAUCAAAGAUUUCGCCAACACCAUUCCGGGCCACGGCGGCAUCAUGGACCGCUUCGACUGUCAGUACCUGAUGGCGACUUUCACUCACGUCUACAUCGCCAGCUUCGUCAGAGGUCCGAACCCCAGUAAAUUGCUGCAGCAGCUGCUGACGCUGCAGCCGGAGCAGCAGCUCAGCAUCUUCAACAUCCUGCACUCCCAGCUGAAGGAGAGAGGCCUGCUGCCGCUGCCGGCCGUCCAGGCCGAGUGAAACCCGCUCAGGAAGCGUGUGAGGCGGUUCCCUUAGCUAGUACGAGUACACACACACACACACACACACACACACACACACGUGCACCUUUGGACUGUACUGUGUGUUACUCCUAGAUCCAUCAUCAACCUUCUAGAUUUGAGGCGACUCUGGAGGGGGAAGAAAAAAAAAAGUACCAAACCAAACCCAGAAGUUGCCGCCGCCGGUUUGCUUUUGACCGCCUUCGCUCGCUUUUCCAGCUGCGCCGGCGAAGGAGGAGCAGGAGGAGGAGGAGGAGGAGGAGGAGGAGGAGUUUGGAUUGUCUGAGAACGGUGAACUUUGCACUGACUUUUCUGAUGUGAACUGUUGAGAGAAGCUUCCACCAGCAGAACGGACUGGUUCACGGACUCCACUCUGCACAUCCACACAUGUAGCAUGCAUGCAGCGGCGCAUGCAGCGGCGCAUGCAGCAGCAGCGGCAGUUUCGCAUGCAGCAGCGGCGGCGCAGCCUCCAUCUCCUUCCACUGGUAGCUUUUAGGUUUCAAACCAAACGUUGGUGGAAACAGAUCGACUGCAGGCGCAGAUCGUAGAUCAUCAUCUGCACACCUGACACUUGAAGAAAUAUAUUGUACAGAAAUAUACGUAAAUAUUUAGCUGAACAAAUACCUAAUAUAUAUAUUUACUUAGAGAUUUGCUGUGGGAAAAGAAAAAAACACAUUUUAAGCUGUGAGAAAUGAUAUGCAACUAAAGAGAUAAUUUCCUUUAGCAUGAACAAAGUUUAUCUUUAACUGGCAGCCAUGUAGAUUUAAGCCGAGGUUAUUUAGAGACGGUGAUGUUUGUUAAGCUUUACUUCAAGAAAAGGAUGGAAAAGAUUAGGAGUCACAGUGGGAUUAGGAGAUCAGCGCUGCAAGCUUUAAUCUAAACCCGAGUAGCUUAUCUGAACAGAAACAAAAUAGAUUAACUGUUUUAAAAUAAAGUUUUAAAAUCUUCCUAGCAACACCUGUAAAGCUCACACAGCGAUAAGGUUUACAUUUUCUCCCAAAUUCACAGAUUAAUCACUUUUUAUUUUAUCGUAAAAUAUUGUUUUAAGCAUUUAAACUGUAACUGCAUUAUAAAACUGAACUGAUGCUGUAAUUACUGUGACUUUUGUGGAUUAAAAUCUUUAUUUACAAACCACCGUUACAUACAGACAAGAGAAAUAACAGGAUUGCAUUUAAUAAAAAUUAAAUAUUUAUAAAUCAAACUAAAUUUUUAAAAAAAUACAUUUUAUUCCGUUUCUGCUGGGCAUUUAAAUUUAUUUAUUAGUUGCAUUAUAGCAGAGUAAAUAUGUAACAGGUUUACUUGGUUAAAAUAAAUACUAUUUGUAUAUAUUUAAAAAUGAAACGGGUACUUGAAAUGAUUUGAUGUAAAAUUUAACCAUUAUAUGUUAAAUUCAUAUAAAGUUAUUUAUUCUAUUGUUUAAAGAUUCCUGUGCUGAAGUGCAACAUGAAAUAAUUGUUGCUCAUCAGGUAAAAACAAAUAGAAAAGGGGAAAAAAUAAUAAAAAAUAAAGCUAAACCCAUACAUGUAUAAACUGUUAGAACAUUUUAUCUUAUGCUAGUAAAAAUGCGGUGGAACAAUUAUUAUUUUUUAUAUAUCUAAAUAUUUUAUUUGACAAAUUUAAAUUAGAUUAUCUAUUUGUUUUCCCAGUUUAACGAAUUGAAAUGAGAAAUAUGUGCAGUUUAAGACCUGACCAGCAGGUGGCAGCACUCAGUUCAGUUCUCUGAAAUUCGCCGUUUUUUUUCUCCCCCCAGUUUAUUAAUUUGGAAACUGGAAGUUGACGGCGGCUGUCUCUGCUCUAAUUAUUUUUCUCAAAAAUAAAGUUUUUGCCUUUUAUUUUUCCGUUGGAACAUUUUUAAUGGGAGCUGGAAACAUUUCUCCCUGUUGGAUUAGAAACUUUAUAACGUUCAGCUCAGCGUGUCGUCGUCGUUUCUGAGCUGUACUUCCGUCUGUUCCCACUGAAUGACAUGUAGAAGGUUUAAUAAAUCUGAGACAUUUCAACCCUGGAGAAAAGGCAAAAAUAACAGAUUUCUAAACUAAAUAAUUAGCUAAUAAACAAGCAAUGAUUACUUUAUUUUCCACCAUAUUAGAAGAAAAUCAUAGGAUAGCUUUAAUUUUCACUUCAUCUUUUACUGAACAAUUUAGUCAAGUUCAGAUUUCUAAAGUUUAGGAAUUUCAUAUUCAGAGUUUAAGUUUCUAAAAUCAAAAUUAAAUAAAAUAUAUCCUAAAUCUGAAUCAUAUCUUAUGGUUUUACCUUCCACCCAGACAACAGAAUACAUAAAACCAGCAACUUUAUUAUUUUAUGUCUAUUUUGCUCUUAUACGUUUUUUAAAAUGUGAAUUUAUUUUUUGCAGAUGACAUGAAAUUAGUAGAAAUAUUGGCGCCACAUUUUUUUAAGUUUACUUUUUUCCACCAAAACAUGCUGUUGUGUGAGCUCUACAGGAAUUUAUCUUCUGAUCCAACUUUAAACAUGAAAUGUUCCUUUAAUGAAAGCUUAGCGCUUCCUUUAAGCUGUGGUUGCACUGUAAGGUGGAGGCGGGUUAUGCUGCGGGACGGUUGAAUCAAAUUGAUUUGAGCAGGGAGGGUUGCAUCAAAUCAAUGUUUGUAAGAGUAAAUUAUGAAUGUAAGAUGGUGUGAAGCAUCGGUACGGUUUGUUUUCUCUGUACAGUAAACGCAUCAACAUGAAUCUGUAAACACUAGAAGGUUUUAUUAGAAAUGCCGUUUCCAUGCUUACCAUUCGGGUCGAGUCAAACGAUGCGGUACAGAGCAUGUUACCGCGCUCUCGCAUCCAAGCCAGAUUCCUCUGGGGAGAAAUGUUUACCAAAGCUUGACCAACGCUCGCUUCCUUCCGGGGGCCUCCGGGGGGCGCCAGCGAGUCGGAUCCCUCUCUGAAACGACGACCCAAAGCAGAGAGCUAAUUCCCAUGUCGGUUUUUGUUCUUGAAGGUUCUAAUUUAUUAGUUUAAGCGGUUCUGAGUGUUUUCCUCUGGGAUUAUCGGGACCAGCUGUAAAUGUUCUCCAACUGCUGCUGUUUCCAGACACUGAAGCAACAUCUGCAACACUAUUAUUUACAGUUUUACACAUUUUUAAGCUCAUUUUUACAGAAUCUGCAGAGAGCCUCUGGGAUACUUAAAGGGAUAGGUCAGGAUUUUAUUUAAUUUUUUGGCAAAGGUUUGGUAAGAAUGUCUAAAAGUAUAUAGUUUUUUGUUUUAUAGUAAAAAUGUGAUGUAAUAUCAAUAUUUCUAACCAAUCUUGGCUCUGAAUGUAACAGUGGAUUCCCUUUUUAUUUGGCAAAAUACAAAAUAUUCCUAUUUUGCAGGUGGAAACGUACAGAAAACAUUACAGUCCUUCACUUUGAGCAGCUUAACAUUUUAAGUAACGUUUUAAGAUAUAGGAGCUGGUUUUCAGUCAAUAAUGCCAUUUUACUAAAAAGUUGCUUGCAAUUUGGUUUUGUCUCAUUGUGUAAUCAGAUAUUUGCACUAGAAACUAAACCAAAAUUACUUGGCAAGAUUUUGAGUUUGUGAAAAUUCAGAGGCCAAAUUGUCAAAAAACAAAAAAAAAAACUAAUUCGACAGUGACGGAUUCUACCAACCACAAGACAAAAUCAAGUCUAAACAAUUAUUUAAUUCCAGCGGCUCUCUCAAGGUUUCUUUUUUUUAUACUUAAUUUAUGGAUCCAACAGUCAUGCAGACAUAAAUGUACAGACCAGAAAGCACAAAGCCGCUGCGACCCAAACGUUCAGGUUCUGCACUUUAUGCUGCUGGUUUAGUUUUUGUGUUUCGGUUGCAGAAAUGACAGCAUUUAGCCUUUCGGAUCAAAUCUUUGUCUUCAGCUGUAGGAACCGAGCAAUACAAACGUGUAACGUGAACACUGAUGUUUUAGAGAUGAUAUGAAGCAGUUUACUGUAAUGAAAUGAAUAAAUCUGUUUCUUUAAAACAAACGUCUCUUUUAUUGUGACCUUACAGAUGACAAAUCACAAAAAUAAAGCUCGACAGUUCAUUUUUAUUGAUCUGCAUGACGCGCCACAAACAUUCGUAUUCAGGAAGUCGACAUUUUGCAACCAAACAUUUAACGGCUUUUCAGUCCUUCAGUGAAAUAAAGAAAAGGUCCCUUCUCAACACGAUCAGGAUCUGAAUGGAAAACUGUGCAGGUUGCAAACAAAUUAACACAAAAUAAACUCAAAGUACAAAAAAAAAAAAA